AUGCAGAUGAAUAGCAACGCAUUGCGGGCGUAUUUUAGAGUGAAAGUGGGAGAAAGUGGAGAUUUUGCGUACAGGGCUAAGAUACAUCGACUUUUUGCUGAGCUGGAGCCAUCUAUAACCGUCACCGAGCAAAAUAUGGCAGACCGAGUUCGGUAUAUCGUACGCUCAAACAUAUUUCAUGGCGCCGAACUCGAACGAUUACGAUGUGAGACUGUUCCCUCAUCAGAUGAAAACAUUACGGCUGAGGAUGCGGCGCCACAAGUAACAGAGCAGCCUGCACACGUUGAUGCCACCGGGAAUCCCCAGUUGUGUUUUAUUCAGACGAUGAUGGAACAAUCGCCCAGAACAUUGGAGGAGGCGAUUAUGGGAACCCACAGUACGCCUCUCAAAAUUCAACCGUGA